AGUAGCGGCCCUGCCGAAGCCCGGCGCGGUGAAGCCCGAUCGUCGGGAGAUGCUGCUCAAGUGGAAGCAGGAGAAGGAGCUAAAGCAGAAGCUGGCAGCUCGAGAGAAGGCCAAGAACAGGACCUUCAAGGUCUGCCACGUCAAGUACGACCCCACUCCAACCUGGUCUGCUGCUGAGGAGGACAACAAGAAAACAAAACCUAAGCAGCCUGUUGGCCCCAUGAGGGCGUCGGCCAGACUUGCCGCCCGGACAGACGCAAAACCCAAGCCCGACGCACCGGUCGGAAGGGUCACCAGGUCGCGAGCUGCCUCGGCCAAUCAGAAGGCAGCAGCAGAGCCGCCCAAGCGGACGACGCGGCAGCGUGUUCCGAGCGGCACGGCGGUGAGUAAGAAGGAGGUGCCAGCGCGCCAGACCAGGAAGAGAGCCACCAGCACCAAGGAGACUGAGCCCAAACCAGCGCCAGUGAAGAAGCGUGCUGCCUCUGCUAAGCAGGCCGAGCCGACGAGGGUCACACGCGCACGGGCCAAGAGCGAGGCUGCAGUUCCAAACAAGCCUGCUGCUGACCACAAGACCGUUGACGACGGCCUCGACGAUGACCUUCAACCUGUGAACUUUGACUUCAGCCUCAGCAAGGUCAACACAGUGUCCAAUCAGAGGGGAGAACCACAGGAAUCGAACCCUGGACCCUCGUUUGCCCCCACUGAUUUCUCCUUCCACGCUCCGAGCCACCUGCCUUCCUUCUCCUUCACCCCCCUGAGCCCGAGGUCAGCUGACGCGUUCUUGUUCCCGGGGUCGGGUGCUGGCGGAUCCUUCCUCAACUCUCCUUAUGUGUCCAAAAACAACAGACACUCCACUCCCAAGUCCGUCACCCGCAGAAACAAGAGAACCAGCAAACUGGCCCGAGCUGAGGAGGGCGAGGCAGCUCCCGUCACUACGGCGACCGAGCAGCCAACCAAUGAGGUGCCAUCCAGUGAAAAUCAGACCAAUGAAGAGCCAGGCCCAGAAAAUGUUGCUAAGGCAACUGAUGUGCAGGCCAAUGAAGAGUCAGCUCCCAUCCCCAUGGCAACAGAGCAGCCAACCAAUGUGGUGGCAUCCAGUGAAAACCAGACCAAUGAAGAGCCAGAACCUGUGGCUAUGGAAACAGAAGAGAUGGCCAAUAAGGAUACGACCAGCAAACAGCCAAUCAUGCCAGAGCCAGCUCCCAUUGCCAUGGAAACAGAGAAGGAAGCCAAUGAGAGCCAAGCAGUGGAGGAGCAAGCCAAUGAGGAGCCAGUUCUGCCUGAAGAAGCUGAGCCAAAAGAUGCUGAGAAGACUGAAGCCCCACUCGAGGAACCAAUGCAAGAGGCUCAAGAUGUCUCAGAGGCGGUUUCAUCUACCGAGACUCUUCAAGAUGCUGUCCAGGUCCAUCAGAUGGAAGCUUCCCAAGAUGCAGUGCAGGAAGCAUCCCACGAUGCACCAGCAGCUGACCCAUCUGUCCAAAGCCAUGAGAUGGAACCUUCCCAGGAUGCAGUGCAGGAAACUGGUCCAUCUGUGGAUGCCCCAGAGCAGGUGGUUCCCUCCUUCCCUGAGGUGGGUCCUGAUGCGGCAGCUGUGGAGGAUGUUCUGCCUGUGGGAGAUGCCAACCAGCUCAUCCAGCCUGCUGAUGACAUUGUGCAGGGACCCGAGGAUGGAGCAGAGGCACAUGACGUGCCGUACUUCCGGCGGCUGCUGGUGUCCCAGGCAGAACACCUGACAGGGCUGUGCACCAAGUGGGAGGACACAGUCACACAGGACGGACUCUCAGAGGAAGGACUGAAGGAGGAUGAAUGA